AUGGAGGAUGAAAAGACGAACUUGAGGUUGGACAUAGACGUUCAGAAGUUUGAAACUGAGAAAUUAAGGAAAGAGAAAAAUAAGGCUGAUGAGGAGCUGGGUAGUCUGAAGACGAAUUAUAAAAAGUUGCGUCUGUUAAUGAGAACUGUCGGGCUAGGAAAAACGUCAGAACAGUGGCAAGCAGAAAUUCGAGAAGAAAAGGACAAAGCCGAUAGAUGGGAACAGAAAUUCCAAGAAAUGCAUAGACGAAACGAGGCUUUAGAAAAGAAGUUGAAAGCAAGCUUGAGCAAGAUAGAGGAAAUAAAGCAAAGAAUCGAAGAGCUAGAAACGGCGUUGCAAAAUUGUGAAAACCAGAUCAAGCAUUUGGAAGCAAAUGAAAAUCAUAAUAAGGAACAACUACACUACUUUCAAAACCAAGUUAGGAGCAAAGAUCAUAUUAUGGAGGAAGCUGUAGUCCAGAUCCGAGAAGUAGCUGAUCAUGUACAAGCUUUGGCAGUACAAGCAGACAUGCUGAGUGUGAAGUAUGAAUUAGAAUCAGAUCGGGGGCAAGAGUUAGUUGUGUUACUUAGGAAGAUUAGAAUGCUGAGCAACAGGGCAAAGCUUUAUUUGUAA